GAGAGAGCGAGGCGGCGGCUGUGCCCCAGAGCUGAGGGAACGCACGGGCCUCGCGUCGCAGGAGCAGACGGCUGUGGAGGAGACUCUGACCCCGGGCGGGAGAGCUCGGCUUGUCGACGGCCCGUCUCGGAGGCGCCGGCCGCUUCCCUGGCCCGGGGUGGCCGCCGCCCCUUGAGACUCGCCGUGACACGGGCCUCAGUCUCGGCGACCGCGGGCGUCCGGGCCGCUCUGACCCGUCGGGCCGGGGCGGUGGGACGAGCGUUCGGGCAGGUGCAGCCCCCGAGGGCCGGCGGGGGUGAGGCGACGACCCGCGCGGCUCGCGGCCGGGCUCUCCGGAGCGGCCGCCUGCCCGCGCCCCCCCACGGCGGGCCGGAGCCGAGUCCCGCCCCGCCUUCUUGGGACCGCCCGGCCCCAGCAGCCAGAGACCCCGCGCCCGCCGCCGCCCGCCGGGCUCGCGCGGGAGAGCUGGGAGGAGAAACUUUGCCUUUUAUUGUUGUUUCUAGUCCUUAAGUGCAAGGAACUCUGUUCGGAGGAAAAAUGUCCUUCUUCAAUUUCCGUAAGAUCUUCAAGUUGGGGAGCGAGAAGAAGAAGAAGCAAUAUGAACAUGUGAAGAGGGACCUGAACCCCGAGGAGUUUUGGGAAAUUAUAGGAGAACUAGGCGACGGAGCCUUUGGGAAAGUGUACAAGGCACAGAAUAAAGAGACCAAUGUUUUAGCAGCUGCAAAGGUGAUUGACACUAAAUCUGAAGAAGAACUUGAAGAUUAUAUGGUUGAGAUUGAUAUAUUAGCAUCUUGUGAUCACCCAAACAUAGUCAAGCUUCUAGAUGCUUUCUAUUAUGAAAACAAUCUUUGGAUCCUCAUUGAAUUUUGUGCAGGUGGAGCAGUAGAUGCUGUGAUGCUUGAACUUGAGAGACCAUUAACUGAGUCCCAAAUACAAGUAGUUUGCAAGCAGACUUUAGAGGCAUUGAACUACUUACAUGAUAAUAAAAUCAUCCAUAGAGAUCUAAAAGCUGGCAACAUUCUUUUUACCUUAGAUGGAGAUAUUAAAUUGGCGGAUUUUGGAGUAUCAGCUAAAAACACAAGGACAAUUCAAAGAAGGGAUUCUUUUAUUGGCACUCCAUAUUGGAUGGCUCCUGAAGUAGUCAUGUGUGAGACGUCGAAGGACAGACCCUAUGACUAUAAAGCUGAUGUUUGGUCCCUGGGUAUCACUUUAAUAGAAAUGGCUGAGAUAGAACCACCUCAUCAUGAGUUAAAUCCAAUGCGAGUGCUGCUAAAAAUAGCAAAAUCUGAACCUCCUACAUUAGCACAGCCAUCACGAUGGUCUUCAAAUUUUAAGGACUUUCUAAAGAAAUGCUUGGAAAAGAAUGUGGAUGCCAGGUGGACUACAUCUCAACUACUGCAGCAUCCCUUUGUUACUGUUGAUUCCAAUAAACCAAUCCGAGAAUUGAUAGCAGAAGCAAAGGCUGAAGUAACAGAAGAAGUUGAAGAUGGCAAAGAGGAAGAUGAUGAUGAGGAAACAGAAAAUUCUCUGCCAAUACCUGCAAGUAAGCGUGCCUCCUCUGACCUUAGUAUUGCCAGUUCGGAAGAAGAUAAACUUUCACAAAAUGCUUGUAUUUUGGAGUCCGUCUCAGAAAAAACAGAACACAAUUCUUCUGGGGAUAAUUUUAGCAGCAAAGUUCUUAAUGAAAAACUCACCACUGAUGAAGCUGAAAAGGCUGUGGAGGGUAUUAACGAAGAUACAAAUGAUGCUCAUUUAGAAGCUGUGUCUGAAUACCAUGAUAGACCAACAGUAAUCCAGGACAGUGAGAGAGACAAGAGACUCAAGUUGGAAAAUCUGCCUGACACAGAAGAUCAGGCAGCUGUGGGCAUUAAUUCAGUCAAUGAAGGAGAAGAGAAUAAUGUAACAGUAACUUUAGAAACAAAUAACAAACAUAAUUGGAAACAGGAGGGAGAAAAGGAUCAGGAUAAACAACAGAUACUUGAAAAUAAAUUUAUAAAAUCUGAAGAAAUGAAAGAUUCUACUAUUCAGACAGUUGAUUUAGUUUCUCAAGAGACUGGAGAAAAAGAGGCAGAUAUUCUGGUAGUUGACAAUGAAGUUGGGCUUACAAAGGAGGACACCCCAGAGAAAUUGGAAAAAGAUGACAGAACUCAAAAUGAUAUGAUCAAUGAUAGUAGCAAGGUGAUAGAUAGUAGCAAAGUGACAAAUGAGGCAACAAAUGUUGCUGAGAAGGCAGUUGAAAACAAUAUUGAGGUUGUUCAGACUAAUGAUGGGAAAGAAGUGGUUGAAGUAGCCCAGAAAGUAAUAGAUAAGCCCAUGGAAGGUCCUGAGGUUUGUGGUACUAAGGAGGUUCCUCCUACUAAAGAAAUAGUUGAGACUAAAGAUGUAGAUGAAAGAUCUGUAGAAGUUAAAAGUGAAGAACAACUAGUCAACAGUUCAGAGAACAUAUUGGAGACCAAUGAAGAACCAGAGACAAAUGAAGUUGAGGAAGUUAGUGAGUUAAGUGGCACUGAAGAAAUAGAGGUCAGAAGUGCAGUGAUUGAUACUGAACAAAAGGCUGUAGGAAGUGAAACUCAGGAUGCUCAGGAAGCCACUGCUCAGAUAGAGACAGAGAAGAAAGAAAUUCCACGUGAAGUGCCAAUUGAAAUAGAACCUCAAGUUCCUGCAACUUCACAGCCCAGUGAACCUCAGCCUGUUUCAAUACCCAGUAUUAAUAUCAACUCUGAAGAUGCAGAAAAUAAAGGAGAAAUAGGUGCUUUAUCAAAAACUGAAACCAUACUGCUACCAGAAUCUGAGAAUCAGAAGGAAAAUGAUACUGAUUCAGGCACUGGUUCCACUGCUGAUAAUAGCAGCAUUGACUUGAAUUUAUCCAUCUCUAGCUUCCUAAGUAAAACUAAAGACAGUGGGUCAAUAUCUUUACAAGAAACAAGAAGACAAAAGAAAACAUUGAAGAAAACACGCAAAUUUAUUGUCGAUGGUGUAGAAGUGAGUGUAACAACAUCGAAGAUAGUUACAGACAGUGACUCCAAAACUGAGGAAUUGAGGUUUCUCAGACGUCAGGAACUUCGAGAGUUAAGAUUUCUUCAGAAAGAAGAGCAAAGAGCCCAGCAACAGCUCAAUAGCAAGCUGCAGCAACAACGAGAACAAAUAUUCCGGCGCUUUGAGCAAGAAAUGAUGGGUAAAAAGCGACAAUAUGACCAGGAAAUUGAGAAUCUAGAAAAGCAGCAGAAACAGACUAUUGAACGACUAGAACAAGAACACACAAAUCGCCUACGAGAUGAAGCCAAACGCAUUAAAGGAGAACAAGAAAAAGAGCUAUCCAAAUUUCAGAAUAUGCUGAAGAACCGAAAGAAGGAGGAACAAGAAUUUGUUCAGAAGCAACAACAAGAAUUAGAUGGCUCUUUGAAAAAGAUCAUCCAACAGCAGAAGGCAGAGUUGGCUAAUAUCGAGAGAGAGUGCCUGAAUAACAAACAGCAGCUCAUGAGAGCUCGAGAAGCUGCAAUUUGGGAGCUUGAAGAACGGCACUUACAAGAAAAACACCAGCUGCUGAAACAGCAACUUAAAGAUCAGUAUUUCAUGCAAAGACAUCAGCUACUGAAGCGCCAUGAAAAGGAAACAGAACAAAUGCAGCGUUACAAUCAACGACUUAUUGAGGAAUUGAAAAACAGACAGACUCAAGAAAGAGCGAGGCUGCCCAAGAUUCAGCGUAGUGAAGCCAAGACUCGAAUGGCCAUGUUUAAAAAGAGUUUGAGAAUUAACUCAACAGCCACACCAGACCAGGACCGAGACAAAAUUAAACAGUUUGCUGCACAAGAAGAAAAGAGGCAGAAAAAUGAGAGAAUGGCUCAACAUCAAAAACAUGAAAAUCAAAUGCGGGAUCUUCAGUUGCAGUGUGAAGCCAAUGUCCGAGAAUUGCACCAACUGCAGAAUGAAAAAUGCCACCUGUUGGUUGAGCAUGAGACCCAGAAACUCAAGGAGUUAGAUGAAGAACAUAGCCAAGAAUUAAAGGAAUGGAGAGAGAAAUUGAGACCUAGGAAAAAGACACUGGAAGAAGAGUUUGCCAGGAAACUGCAGGAACAGGAAGUAUUCUUUAAAAUGACUGGGGAGUCGGAAUGCCUUAACCCAUCAACACAGAGCCGGAUUUCCAAGUUCUAUCCUAUUCCUAGCUUGCAUUCCACUGGAUCAUAACAAUGGGAAGCAUUCUGUGGUUGGGUUUAGCUUUUUAUAUAUGUCAUUUUUUUUCUUUUUCAUCUUCUGUCACAUUCUGUAUAUCAAAUAUAGCUCAUGAAGACAAUCACCUGCCUCACCUCCUAGGUGGUUUAUGUUGUUGUUGUUUGUUUGCUUUUUUAAAGCAAAGAUGAAGGGAAAACGAACUAAGACAGAUGCUAGGCCACGUUGGCAAAGUAGCAUCUUGCAGUAAUUCCCUAAGGUGAUUUUGUAUAUCCCUUAAAUAUUGUAUUCUUUAGACACUGUUACUGAAAAACUGUUAAGAGAAAUAAUGUUUAAAGUUAUUAAAAAGAAAAAACCUGUUACAUCACUAAGUAUUAAUAAAUAUCUUUUUACCUGACCUAACUUCUCAGUGACGCCUGUAUUCUAGAGUUGGAACUCUACUAUAGAGAGUUAGAAUAAUUUUCUUUUGGUGAAUCAGCUCUCAUGAAAAAGCUACAAGUUGAUCAAAAUAUGCUGUUGACUUAGUAAAUAAAUACAUUUUAUCAUCAAACAUGAACAAACUUAAAAAAAUUUCUUCCAAUAAAAUUUGCCUAUUUAGGUGGGAACUAUUAAUCAAGGUGCUAGUUUUAUUAAAAUAGUGCCUAAAACACUAAAUUUCAAUCACCUAAAAAAUCUUUUUGAUCAACAGGGACAAGACACCCUUAGCAUUGAACAUUAUCAUUUAAAAAUCUUGCUCAUAUUACCAUUUAAUAGAAAAUUUUAUCUUGAAAUAUAUGUGGUACAAAGUAUAGAAAGAUUAAAAAACGUGGCUGUUAAAUGUGCAAAUUGGAAAUAUAAAACUGCAUUGAAAUACAGAUUUAAUUGUCGUAGUUUAUUUCCAAAAAUAAAACAUGAGCUGGUUAAUGCUUUACAUCUUAGCAAAUUCUGUUCAUUUAAAACUCUGAGAGGCCUGUAGGCUCUGGGUUGUAUUUAUAAAUAUAUUUUCUGAAAUUAAUUUUAAAAGUAUUUGUUCAAAGUAAUUUUUAAAAAAGGAUUUGUGUUAAAUAUUUAGGCACACAUCAGAAAUUACUUUUUGUUGUUUUGAAAUGAGGUUACUUACAUUUUGGUUUUAUUUUGUUCCAUGUUUAAAUUAUUUACUUUGAGUGGGGAAAGCCCCUCUAUCAUGUGGUUGCUGAUAUGUGUAGUUAUUGAUGAAAUGUACAGUCUUGGUCCCUUUUGAGGCCUAGAAUUUCUACCAUGUGUCAGGUCAAACAGUAUUAUGAAUUGUCCUCUGGUGUGUGAGACAGCACAUUUAUAAAUGAUGCUCUCUGCCUGCCAUUUGCAACCUAUUCUGUUUUAAGAGUGCUAGGUACCAAAUUGUAAACAUUUCACUUUUUAGUUAGAUACUUUUGAGGCUGGUGAAACAUUUAAAUGUAACAUUUGGGAACACUGAUUCAUAUUAAGAAAAUGUAAAAUGUCUGUAGCACUUUCUUGCAGUUUAUUUGAAAACUUUGGAUGCUGAACUUUAUUUUGUCAGUGGUUUAGGUGAUUUAAAAAUGCAUGUGGAAUUUUAAUUUUGUAACUGUUUUGAAAGACAUAAUUUACUUGGACAAAACUAUAGGUAGCCUUAACUUCUGGCCAAGUUUGUUUUUUUAUAUAAAUAUAAAUAUAUGUAUACACACACGUAUAUAUUAUGUAUGGUUGUAAAUUCAUACGCUUAUCAUAUGAAUAUGUUACUGUAUACAAAACUUUUAAUGCUUUAUUCUCAUGUUGGGUUGGAAACUUUUGAAAGCCUUUAAAAAUAUAUAUCUUUAUAAAGUAAUAUUCAGGGUGAUGAUGGAAAUUGUUUAUAUUGUUAUGAUAAAAAUAAUGGUAUAAUAUUGCGCAGUGUAUUUAAUGACUUUUGUGAAAUGAGAGAUGGGAGAAAAGCUCUCUCACUUUCACCUUUGAAAUUUUCAGUUAAUUGGCUUUUUACAAAGAAAUACUUCAGGCAAUGGACAUUUUUUCAGUAUUUUUUUUUUUUAUCAUUUUUUCAGUAUCAAAUAAUUUAAGGUAUCAUUUUAUCUGAAUAUUUGAGUCUUUCUAUUCCUUUCCCCCUGAAUUUCAGAGUAUUGAAUCCAGAGAGAGGCUCAGAGUGGAGCUGGGUAGUUCAUGUGCAGCCCUUUAUCUCCCUUAAACCUGCCCUUUGUACUCAUACUGAGUUCUCUUUCAUACAUAACCAUCUUUGUGUGGGUUCAGGACUAUACAGUGAUAUGUAUGUAGAGAAGAAACAUUCAUUUUAAUACUUCAGGUUAUAGAAAUCUUUACAAAGUGUUUUGUUAUAGAACAUGAUAUUUGUACGCAUACCUGCCCACUUUUUGUUAAGGCCUUAAAUAGAUAAUAGUGAUCUUUCUUUCUUGCAUGAAGGGUAGAGGAGUGGGUCAGGGGCACAGACUUUUUUGAAAUCAGAGUGCAGUCAAAUCCAUCCCUGCCUUGUUUUAUUGCUGAGGUCAAAUGUGCUAUGAAAUACAUAAAAAUAAUUCUCCAUAUGUGCACCCUGAACAGUCGCCUCCUCCCCUUGUCUCUGCGUACUGUGGAAACACCACACCUCCACACUUCUGCAGGCCCAGCUCCUGUAGUGUGGAGCAUUGGGCUGCUUUUCCUAGUCCUGUCAGUCCAUAGGUUAUGGAUUGCUGAAUUAGCUGCUAUUCUAGUUGGAGUCACAUUAAGCUUUUUCUUACCCUUUCUAUGGGGAAGCUCUAGGGUGGGUAAGAAGGACAUUUAGAGUACUUUUGAAAAUAUUGGAACCUUCCUAUGACAGGAUAUAGCAAAUUGUAAUUAAACAUAAACCAGAACCAGAGCUACCUCUAAGUAGUGUUUCCUUAAGCACAAAGCUCUCAGGCAUAUGAGACCCUCUUUAAUUGAGGGGCUCUGAUUUCUUGAGCAUCAGCAAGUUUCAGAAGUGACUGUUUUUUGUAUUCUUCCAGUUAUUUUGUACCUAUACACUUUUUCUCAUUCCAUACUGUUCACAUGACAAAGACUCUUUUAAGAAGCCAAAUUCGGUCAAAUUAUUAGCUAGGGAUAUUGGUGACUAAUGCAAAACCUAGAAUCCAGGGUAAAGAAGAGAGUUCCAGUUGUCUUCUGAUUAAGUAAAUCAAUUCUUUUCUGGGAAAUGAUCUUUUGUAGGAAAUGGGAUGAUAUUUUAAGUGCUUUUUUUACAUUGAAGGCGCAACAGUUAAUGCCUCUAUUGUUGCUGUACUAUGGCUGACAUGGUUUUGAUAACGCUUUAGAAUUUCUGCUGCAAGGCUUGGAAUAGAGUGUUUUAUCAAUUUUAAAUGUUGGCUGCGGCUUUCUGUGAUCUUUUGCAGUGUAAUAAGCUCAUAAGCUGAAUUUCCAGAAAGAAGUUUUAGAUUAUGCCUCCUAUCUAUUUGGGAUCAACAUGUCUUUUCAAUCAUGGGAUUGACAAAUGAAAAAUAAAGUUAUUUCUUAAUCUAU